GGCGGGCAACUUGAAGGACCCCGAGAUUUCUCAAUAUUUUGAUAAGGAAGAUCCGGAGAAGAUCUUCACCGACCUGCGCGAGAUUGGCCAUGGCAGCUUCGGCGCGGUCUACUAUGCACGCAAUAUCGCCACCAAGGAGGUGGUCGCCAUCAAGAAGAUGUCCUUUACGGGCAAGCAGUCGACGGAGAAAUGGCAAGACAUCCUCAAGGAGGUGAAGUUCCUGAAGACGGUAAAGCACCGGAACACCAUCGACUACAAGGGCUGCUACCUGAAGGAGAACACCGCCUGGCUAGUCAUGGAGUACUGCCUCGGCUCUGCGUCGGACAUUAUCGAAGUCCACAAGAAGCCGCUUCGCGAGGAGGAGAUCUCCGCCAUCUGCCACGACAGCCUGAAGGGGCUGGAGUACCUGCACUACCAGUGCCGCAUCCACCGGGACGUCAAGGCGGGCAAUAUCCUCCUCACCGAAGUGGGCACCGUCAAGCUGGCGGACUUUGGCUCGGCCUCGAUGGGCUCGCCGGCGAACUCCUUCGUGGGGACGCCCUACUGGAUGGCGCCGGAGGUGAUUCUGGCGAUGGACGAGGGCCAGUACGACGGCAAGGUGGACGUCUGGUCGCUGGGCAUCACCUGCAUCGAGCUGGCGGAGAGGAAGCCGCCCUACUUCAACCUCAAUGCCAUGAGUGCCUUGUACCACAUUGCGCAGAAUGAGGCGCCCACGCUGCCGCCCCCUGACUGGUCGGACGCCUUUCGGAACUUUGUCGCCUCCUGUUUGAGGAAGUCGCCGGCGGAGAGGCCUACCUCCAGUGCCAUGUUGACGCACUCAUUCAUCACCCGUCCGCGCUCCGCCACCGUCAUCCUCGACCUGAUCAACCGCACGAAGACGGCCGUCCGCGAGCUGGACAACCUCAACUACCGGAAGAUGAAGAAGAUUCUCAUGGUGGAGAGUCGGGACUCGGACAGUAGCGUCAGCAGCUACAGCAAUAACGGAAACAGCAGCAGCGGCAAUGGCAAUGGAAACGGAAAUAACAACAAGAGCAACAGCGUGGCCAGCUACGGCAGCCGACAGUCGGGCGGGCUGGUGAGCAGUCAGAGCAGCAGCACCAGCAGCAUACCGGCGGCCAACUCCGCCUCCGCCUCCACCACCGAGCUGGACCACUGUCCGAGAAGUGGGCUGGGACGGGGAGAGGCAAUGCUAGGGGAUAGUUCUUAUCGAAAUCCGCUCUCGCUGAGAAGAGAGUCGGCGAGCUCAUUCAGCGCCGGCGGCCAGUCGAGUCGGGUUAGUCCUUCGAACUCCUCCGCCAGCAUCAACAGCACCGAGAUUUGUGUGGGCGCUGGAGCCCCCGGUACCGGCGGCAAUAACGACCCAAGCGGCCUGGUGGACGGCGUGCGCCUGGGCGGCCGCGCCCACCACCACAACAACAACUUUGCGACGCUGCGCACCACGUCCAUCGUGACACGGCAGCUGAAGGAGCACGCCCGGGAGAAUCAGCUGCACGAGCAGAUGUCCGGCUACAAGCGGAUGCGCCGGCAGCACCAGAAGGCGAUCAUCCAGCUGGAGAUGCGCUGCCGGGCGGAGAUUGAGGAGCACAAGACGAAGCUGGACAAGGAGUACGAGACGCUGCUGCAGGCCUUUGGCAAGGAGCUGGAGAAGCUGCAGCUCAAACACCAGGCGGAGCUGGAGAAGAAGCUAAAGGGCAACGCCGGUCAGGAGCGGAAGAUCAGCAAGCAGAUACUGGCCGGCCAGGAGGAGGAGCUGAAGCGGUCGGCGACGCUGCACAAGCGCGAGUACAAGUGCAUCAAGGAGCGGCUGAAGCGGGAGUGCCCCACCACCGACGACUACAAGGCCCGGAUUGGGGAGCUCCAGCGGGCGCAUCAGGCCAGCCUGAGCAAGCAGCAGCAGACGAACCAGGAGUACUACCGCGCGGAGAUUCGCAAGUUUCGCCGCCGGAAGUUGAUUCAGUUCAACCAGACGGAGCGGGAGCUGCUGCGGGAGGAGCUCAACAAGCGGCAGGGCCAGCUGGAGACCGCCCACUCGAUGCUGAUGCGCCACCAUGAGAUCACCCAGGAGCUGGAGUACCACCAGCAGCGGGCGAUUCACACGCUCCGUGAGGAGCAGAUUCGGAAGCAGCACAACACCGAGCUGAGCAACCAGAAUGAGUACAUUGCCAAGCAACUGAGUGAGCUGCACAAGAAGCACGCCCUGGAGGUGAAGCAGCAGCCGAAGAGUCUGAAGGCGAAGGAGGUGCAGAUUCGCAAGCAGUUUCGGGAGACCUGCAAGACGCAGACGCUUCAGUACAAGGCCUGGAAGGAGCAGAUUCUCAGCUCGACGCCGAAGGAGGAGCAGAAGAUGGUGAUCAAGCGGCUGAAGGAUGAACAGGUGCGGAAGUUGCAGAUGCUGGGCGAGCAGUACGAGCAGAGCAUCGCCGACAUGCUCCAGAAGCAAUCGAUUCGCCUCGACGAGACGCAGGAGCUGGAGGAGCGGCAGCUGCGCGAGCAGCUGGAGCAGGAGAAGGAGCUGCUGAUUGCCUUCCAGAGCAAGAUCAAGAUGCAGGCGGAGAUGCAGCGGACGAAGGAGCGCACCGAGCUGGAGGAGCGGGUGCGCAUUCGCAAGCAACUCCUCGAGAAGAAGAUGGAAAACGAGCGAGCGCAGUUUCAGGACGAACGCAACGAGCGCCGGAGGCUGCUGCUGGAGCGCCAGGCACGGGAGAUUGAGGAGUUUGACCUCGAGUCGACGGCGAUGGGCUUCAAUGCGCUGGUCAUUGCGGACGCCUCUGCGGAGCCCUACGGCAGCACCUUCUUCGAUGGAGUAGGCGGGGGAGGGGGCGGGGCUGACGGCGAUGCCGCCAGCGUCAGCGGCGGCAGCCUCCUCUCGCUGGCGCACAGCAACAGUGCCACCUCCUUCACGCACACUGCCCUGUAG